AUGAGCUCAGCCAUAGCUGGGCCAGCGGCAGCUGGACUAGCGGCGGCUGUGACCAACCAGGGGGAUGUGAACGCACAGCAGUCCUUCUUGGAAAAGACAAGCACGUCGUCAAGCUCAGUUGGAGGCUUGUCUCCGAACGCGGGGAACUCACAAACCUACAGUGGCUACGCGAAGAACACCGAAGCGGCGGUCAGCGAAAGGGCCAAGGAGCUGACUGACAAGGUCCUCAAGAACAAGCGCGAGCAGUGGCAAAAGGCGCAGCAGCGAUCUGGUGGUGGCAGCAGCAGCGGAGGCGUUAGCAGGACAGCAGAUAGUGCCGUCGCCGACCCUGUUAUCCUGGCUUUGAGGGGUGUCGGGAGAACCCGAUCCAGGGUGGUGACAAUUCAGCCAGUUGAGCCGGUUGCCAUGAUGGGAUUGGCGGAGUGGCAGAACGCCAUGAAGUGGAAGGAGAGAUUUGGCAAGAGAAUCAUGGGGACGGGCGGGGUGGUCAGCUUUCUGCGAAGCUUCUUUCGGGAGAAGGCAGGUAGCGAGGGGGAGGAGGGUAUGCGGAAGUAUUUCGCGAAGUGGGCUCCGUACCGCAUGCGGAGGGUGCACGUCGAGUUUUUCGGCAUGAAGGAGAUAUAUCGGACAAAUUCGGUCCUGGCAGGCAUAGAGGGUACACGAGACAUGUGUCACUUCGCGGGAGCAAACACUCCCAAGUGGGAUGGGUCCACCACGACCGAGGGGCGCGAAGAUGACUGCAAGCUGGUACGAAAGAGCGAGGGGCGGGUGAGCUUGUCGAGUCAAGAGAAGAGCAGGUUGCGGGAAGUCAAGGUGUUGGGUGCAGUAGCGAGCAGAUGGAAGGGUAAGGGGGCUGGGUUGCAGGAUCCGGUGUCGGGGGAGGAAGACGUGACUUGCAGAAAGGUGAAACGGACGUACAGGCUCAGGACUCGGCUGGCGUCGUGCUUCUGCUCGGCGUGCCAGCGUUGCGAGUAUGAGCAGUGCUACGUCAGCAAGACGUACCCACGUCUCGUUCCCGCAUUGCAACAGGGCGAAGUGAAGGAAACGGUGAUCAUGGACACUGGAGGAGCGCCCGUAGACGAAGAUAACUCCCGGGGGAUCCAGUUCGGGAGUAGGAGGAAGGAAUGCAAGAUGAAGAUAAUUACUGGGACACAAUGGCAAGAAUGCGAAUCUGCUGCUGCGUCAUAGAUUUGGGAAGAGCGUGGUAGGAAGGGAGAGCCCAAUGUUGUUGCCCGUUUCGGGCUGUGGGCUGGUUUUUAAGUGAUGAGCUUCGUGUAUUUGCUUGUGGAGCAGUAGGUGGGGUUCAAAGCCCGUUUGAGGUACAACUUGGUGGU